GAACGGCACACGACCGAGCGCCACACACAUCUCGUGACUCGCGGUAAUCCGGCAUCUCCCUCUUCAAGCAACCAUGGCUACCGUCGUACUAGCGCCAGGUGUCGGACCCGAGUCCACCCGCAUGGUCUGCCCGUCUUGCAGAGCCGAAGUGAUGACCAAGACGGAGCUGCGCUCCAACACGCGGACACAUAUCUACGCCAUACUCCUGUGCGUGUUCUUGUGUUGGCCGUGCGUUUGCCUGCCGUACUGUUGCGCUUCCUGCCGUGACACCGUCCACAAGUGUCCACAGUGCAACGCUUACAUCGGUGUUUACAACCGCUGAGUUGUUGACAGACCAGCUUCCAAACCCAACGCCUUCGACGCUUCCGCUUAAAAACGUGUAUGAAUGUGCCAGCGAAUCCGAGGGAGUGUAUGCGAACGAAUGCGAUCCAGCAUUCAAGCAUUUGCUACUGUCCCUGUGCAAUGUGCCUCUUUCCAAAGCAAAAUAAUCCACUAUAAAUGCACCGAAAAAUGGGGCAUUAUAUUUGUGUUUCAAUAAACAAACAUAUUAUUCUGAAUCUCUACACAACAUGUUUUAUUACGUUGGUGGGUUUGAAGAAUAAUGCUUUAACAGUAGAUCUUAUAGAGUCAGUAGAUUUUAUAGAUCAAUACUCUACUAGACGGUAUCAUCGUUUUAACAGCUAUAUCAAAUUGU